CCGCCCCCCGACCCCGCCCGAGCGGCUUCGCGGGGCACUGCCCCCACCGCUGUCACAGCGUCGCGGGGUCCUGCUGGGCCCUUAAAGGGGCCGCGACCCCCUCCCCGGGCCGCCGCCAUGGGGCGGCGCUGGGCGCUGCUGGCGCUGGCGCUGUGCGCGCUGGUGCGGGGGCAGGACUGGGUCGCCACCCCUGGGCAGGUUAACCCUUUGGUGACAAUGGAGCAGCUGCUGUGGGUGAGCGGGAAACACAUGGGGGAAGUGGCAACCUACCGGAUCCCCCUGAUCGCGGCCACCCCCAACGGCACCCUCCUGGCCUUCGCCGAGGCCCGCAAGGGCUCCCCUGCCGACAGCGGGCCCAAGUUCAUCGCCCUGCGCCGCUCACUGGACAGGGGGGCCACAUGGACACCGACAUCCUUCAUUGUGGAUGACAGGGGCUCGCCACCAGAUGGACUGAACCUGGGGGCGGUGGUGGUGGAUGAGGAGACGGGUGCCGCAUUCGUGCUCUACACCCUGUGCGCCCACUACCGCCGCUGCGAUGUGGCCAGCACCAUGAUCAUCCGCAGCCGCGAUGAGGGAGAGACCUGGAGCCUCCCCCGCAACCUGUCCGAGGAGAUCGGCACCAUCAUGUUUGCCCCCGGGCCUGGCUAUGGCAUCCAGAAGCGGUUCCCCCCAGCCCGCGGGCGCUUGGUGGUCUGCGGCCAUGGGACGCUGGAGCUGGACGGCAUCUCCUGCCUCCUGAGCGAUGACCAUGGUGAGACGUGGCGCUUUGGGGGCGCCCUCAGGGGCCUCCCCUAUGGGCAGCCCAAGCAGUUCCGCGACUUCAACCCCGACGAGUGCCAGCCCUACGAACUGUCGGACGGGUCACUGGUGAUCAAUGCACGCAACCAGAACUUCUACCGCUGCGCCUGUCGCAUCGUGGCGCGAAGCUGGGACGGGGGCGAGACGCUGCCCCCUGAGGCUGUAACCUUCGACCCCGAGCUAGUGGACCCAGCUGUGGCUGCUGGUGCCCUGGCCACCUCUGGCCUCGUCUUCUUCAGCAACCCGGCACACGAGAGCAAGCGGCAGAACCUGACGCUGCGCUGGAGCUUCACGGGCGGCGCCUCGUGGUGGCAGCACCCCCUGCGGGUCUGGGAGGGGCCCAGUGGCUACUCCUGCCUGGCCGCCCUGGGGACGGGGCCCGGGCACCCCCCCAGCCUCUUCCUCCUCUACGAGAAGGGGCGAAGCCAGCCCGAAGAGAGCAUCUCACUGGCCAAGAUCAGCAUCCCUGGCACCCUCUGAGCCCCGCCCUGCACCCCUCCCCCCAUGUGGCCACGCCCCCCAGGCUGGGGGCACGCCUCCUUUAGAUCUAGCCAUGCCCCCUAGAUAGGGACAUCCCUCCUCCAUUUGGUCACACCCCCCAGGACAGGGAGGUGCUCCCUUUUGAUCUGGUCACACCCAUACCCAUGUGACCACACCCCUUGUGGGGGGCAUGCCCCUUCUGGCUCUGGCUCUGGCUCUGCCCCUUUAAGGGCAUAGCCUCCCACUCUAACUCAGCCCCCAAUAAGCUCCGCCUCCAGCUCUACUUGUCCCCCUCUAAUUUAUUAACCCUUUCCUUUCCAGGCCUCUCUUACUAACACCCCCCGCAACUGAAGGGCACCAGGUCCCCCAGGGGGCCACUAGCCUUUGGGGGUUCCCCAGUUGGACCCUGACAAGCACUGGUUUCUGUGGAAGAGCUCCCACUCUAGGGCUGUAUUGGGGGUCCCAGUCUGACAUUGGGGGGCACUGGCCUAUAUGGGGGAGUUCCUACUCUGAUGCUGGGGGCACUGGGACUGAAUGGGGGAGUUCUCAGGUUGAUCCUGGACUAUUGUGACGGGGGGUCCAGGCCUGGCGGGGUGGGGAGGGGCUGAUUGCUCCAAUCCCCCUCAGUGCUGCUGCUAUGGAGUGCCUUGGUCCUGCCCUGCUCACACCCCUAGCACAAAGGGGCCUAUUAACCCCUGGUGAUGCUGGACUGUUACCUGACAGGUCAAUAAAGGAACAAGAUAGUU